AUGAUUGUACGAGGCAUGGACGAUAGACGCAUGGCGCAAGACGAUGAUACAGAGGCUCAACAGUGUGAGCUAGAAGACACCACAACCGCAACCUUCCUUUCGAAAGCCGCCGUCAUCCUAUGCGUUCCGAAUGAGGACCACAAGAUCCUACCGGUAGUUGUGUGCGACAAGCGGAGAGUUUUAACCUUUCGGAAGGGAACCGACGGAGACGAGAUCCGCCGCCUCGGAGUCGGGGUAAUAGAUCCAAAAGUAGGCAUGAAUCCAUCAUGCUCUACGCCUGAACGGGAACACCUUGACUUGACAACUACUGGAAAAUCUGGAUUGCAAUAA